AUCGUCGAGUGGUGCACAUCAUGUCGGCCCGCAGCUCGAGCCCAGCGUCGUCCGCAAGCACCCUCCUGUCGACCCCUCCUUCGCCGCUGCUGAAAGCGGUCAAGGGUACGGACGGCAACGGGGUAACCAUCGCGUCGGCCGCGCUGGAAUCUCUGGCUUCGGAUGCGUCUGCCACCGUCUUCAUCUACGACCUGGCAGAGCAAGUCGGCUUCGGUGGACUCUCCAAGGCUUUGUCCAAGUCGCGCGCUGACGCUGCGCCGGUGGUGGAACUGCAGACGCGGGAUGGCGCCGGAUUGAGCCUGGUCGGCCGGUUGUCUCAAGGGACGAGCAAAGAUGCGGAGAAGAGCACGAUCAUCACGGCAUACACGACCCCAGCGGGUGUCGCGGCCAUGGCGCACUCUCUGACAUUGCUGCCUCCGCCGACGCCUUCGAGCCGGCUGGUGGUUCAGGUGCCCAAUACAUCCCCUCUGUCCGGGUCCCUCGCGCUGUCCCCCAGCCUCGCUUCUCUGUCGACCGCUUUGCCCAUUCUUCCCACAGAUUGCGCGGUUAUCCUCUCCGCGUCCCCUCAGGAAACGGUCGCCCUUGCGGCCCUCGCGUACCGGGUCACCGAUUACCACGUCUUGCACGUAUUCGACAAUUACAGCUCUGCAAGGGAGAUCAGCCAUCCCAUCGCUUCUCCGGUGGUGAGCGAAAAACUGAGUCUUGCAAAAGCCUUCCAGGAGGCCGGAUACGAAUUCUUCGACUAUGCAGGAGACAGCGAGGCUCACACAGUCGUUGUCCUCUCCAACGGCCCCUUGGCCCUCGCCGCGCAGGCAUUGGCGAAGCAGACCGGAGGCUUCGGUGUUGUCACCGUACGCACUCUCCGCCCGUGGAAUGAAGACGCCCUCAAGGCUGUCCUGCCAUCCAGCGUCCAGCAUAUCCAUGUACUUGACGAAGUUGCCACCGACACGGCGCACGGAUCUCUUUUCAAUGACGUGUUCGCUGCCCUGGUUGACCCUUCGACCUCCGGACCCAUCGUGAAAGCACAGCGGGUCGUCCCUACCCUCGUCCAGGAAUUUGUCACCAAUCCAGCGGCAUACACUAUAUUCCUCCUGAAUCUUCUGCCUGAUUCGCCUAAGCGGGUGGUGAGUUUCCAGCCGCCGAGCGCCAAGAACGUGCUGUUCUUUGCGACGCCUGGAUCAGCGCUUGUAGCCAGCCCCCUCCUUGUUCAAAACACCUUCGCAUCGCAUUCCGCCAUCAGCGCGCGUCUCCUUGUUGACCACGACAUCUUCUCGAGGACGGGCGGCGUAACUGCCCAGCGCCUAGUGCUCGCACCGAAGGCAGCGGCCGACGAAAAGGUCCCCAUACCGUUUCUCUUCCCCUUGUCUAGGGGGGCCGACCCCGCUGCCGACUUCGUGGCGGUUUUGGAGCCCACGCUACUGAAGUCGCAUGCAUUGUUGGACAGCGUCCGACCCGGCUCGCCCGUGCUAAUCGUCGGUCCUUGGUCGGCGGCCGAGCUGAUCAGUAGCCUCUCUGUGGAGUCUCUGUCGAUCGUGCGCGACAGGCAGCUGAGGGUUGUGAUACUCAACACCGAAGCCCUCGCCAAGGAUUUCGUCGGCUCCGGCGCAGGGAACCUGGACGCCGUCCAGAACGUGGCGGUGCAUCUUGCGUUCUUGCGCUUGUACCUUGCCAAGGCGGCUACUCAGAGCGCCGUUCUGAAGAUCGCCAAAGGCGUUUACGGCCCUGAAUCAGGCAAGUUGUGCUUGGAGGAGCUAAACGCGCGCGUUUGGGACUCCCUCGUUGAGGUGGACAUCCCAACUCCGUCCGAGGAAGAAGCGAGCGCGAAGCCUACCGCGCUCAAAGAUUUCCAGUUCACCGCCAUAACAUCGGUUGUGGAAUCAGAGGACGCCGCCGGCGGUGCCCGUCUCGGCACUUGGAUCGACGCCGCGAAGCAUCUCCUCUUCUCACCCUCGUUCACCCCUGAGUCCGUGGUCCCUUCAUCGCUAUCGUCGUACGAGCAGCAUCCUGCGUUGCGCCCGGAGCUCCCGGACAGAACGUUCCUCGUGACAUGCACUGUUAAUCGUCGCCUGACACCGCUCGAGUACGACCGCAAUGUCUUCCACCUCGAGUUCGACACCGCAGGUACGGGUCUCAAGUACGAGAUCGGCGAGGCGCUUGGCGUGCACGGCUGGAAUGACGCAGGCGAGGUGCUCGAGUUUUGCAAGUGGUACGGCAUCGACCCGGGCCGCGUCAUCACGCUGCCCGUUCCUGGCACGGACGGCGAGCGCCUGCACACCCGCACGGUCGUCCAGGCGCUGCAGCAGCAAAUCGACCUGUUCGGCAAGCCCCCGAAGGCAUUCUAUACCGACCUCGCGCAGUACGCGACGACGGCUGUUGAUCGGUACGCGCUGCUGUUCAUUGGCAGUCCUGAAGGCAGCAGCACGUUCAAGAAGCUGAGCGAGAAAGACACGGUGACGUUCGCGGAUGUGCUCAGCCGCUGGCCGAGUGCGCGUCCGAGCAUCGAGAAGCUCUGCGAGUUGAUCGGGGACAUCAAGCCUAGGCAUUACAGUAUCGCCAGUGCGCAAGCUGUCGUCGGCGACCGCGUCGAUCUGCUCGUCGUAACCGUCGACUGGGUCACCCCCAGCGGAUCGCCGCGCUAUGGUCAAUGCACGCGCUACCUAUCGGGCCUCAAGAUCGGUCAGAAGGUCACAGUGUCGAUCAAGCCAAGCGUGAUGAAGCUGCCUCCGGACAACAUGCAACCCCUGAUACUGGCCGGUCUUGGGACUGGUGCCGCUCCCUUCCGCGCUUUCCUUCAGCACCGCGCGUGGCUCGCGUCGCAGUCGGUCCCGGUCGGGCCGGUGUACUACUACUUCGGUUCUCGCCACCAGUCGCAGGAGUACCUGUACGGCGAGGAGAUCGAGGCUUACAUUCUCGACCGCACCAUCACCAAGGCCGGGCUUGCGUUUUCGCGUGAUGGACCCAAGAAGGUGUACAUCCAGCACAAGAUGCUGGAGGACGCCGAGGCGCUCGCGCGCAUGCUGCACCAGGAGAACGGCGUGUUCUACCUUUGCGGACCGACUUGGCCUGUGGGCGACAUUUACGAAGCGCUAUGCGACGCCUUGGUGAAGUUUAACGGUAUGGAUAAGGAAUCCGCAGGAACGUACUUAGAGGAUCUGAAGGAAGAGGAGCGUUACGUACUAGAGGUCUACUAAGAGCAAUGUAUAGUCUUCACGUCUUUACCUAUGUAAGCACGGAUCUUACGCAGAAACGAAUGGAUGGACUCCUUUCU